GUUGAUAUGUAAACAGGACUUGGACCCAGCAUCAAAAAUGAAAUAUUGGCAAGCAUUAGUUGCAUUUCGGAAAAAUGAAAUGGCUGAUGGACUUGAAUGUUCUGUGUUAUCAUACACAGACAUCCAGGAGUGUAUAGAUGUCAUCAACCACCAGUAUGAUGAGAACAACAUGUUGAUAUUGGCCUUACACGAUUUAAACACUGCAGUAGAAGGAAAAGACCUGAAAGCCAUGUUAAGGGCUUUACAAAAUCCUGGAUUCAAAGUUGUGGAAUGUAUUUCUUCCACUGAUGCUGUGUUGUACUUCAGACAUUUGCUUCACGGCUGGACACAGAAACGGAAGGAAGGCACAGUAUUAUGGUUAGAGGAUGUACAGUCUGCAGUCAAGCAGGUGUCUGAUGAAAUCCAUGGUGCUAGAGUUGCUUGUGAGCUGCUUAUGAAGAUGAAGACUCUGCAGGAUAGUAACCAGCCAUCAAGAAAAACGUCUGUUAGUGCAGCAAAGAUGGGUAUUCAUGAGAACAAACAUGACCCUAAAUUCAUCUCUGCUCUUGAAGAAUGGUGUUUGAAGAAGGACACUGGAUUCCUUUGCCCAUGGAUUAUUCAUCGUACAAGAAAUGGAAGUGAAUUCUAUAUGAACUUGGAGCUGUGUACUUACUCAUGGGAGAAGCCAGCUGACUUUCUGUCUAAAUCAGAUUACUUGGCUCAAAAGCAAAUUGAGAAUAUGAGAGUAGAGAAAUGGUUGGUAGAACUUCAGGCAAGAUGUAGGGGAUAUUUACUGAGGAAACAAGUCUGGGAUAGAUUAGAAUUCUUCUAUCAGCACACUGACACGAUCAUUAAAAUUCAGGCAUGGUGGCGAUCAGUUGUUCAGAGACAGAAAUACAUAACAAUGAUAACGGAGCAGCGUGAAAGGAAGUACGCAGAAGCAGAAGUAUACAAGAGCAUGGUUUGCUUGGAUUAUUAUAAAACACAGGAACAUAAGAUCAUUAAAAUUCAAGCAGUUUGGCGUGGGUAUAAGUUGCGAAGGAUGUUCCUGUCGUUGUUCCACGAACCACAACCUACAUUCAAAGUGGUUAGAAGCUUUGUCCAUCAUCUUGACUUCAACGCAGAUGAUUAUAGGAGAGAUCUACAGCUUCAGAAUCUCAGGGGUCAGGUUGUGCAAACCAUCAGACAUAACCAGCAGUUAGCCCAACAGUUAGAUGCUAUGGAUGUCAAGAUCGGCUUGUUGGUCCACAACAGAAUCACAUUGCAAGAUGUGGUUAAACAUGGUACAAAUUUAAGCGAGUUGUCAAAACAGCACCAGUUGACCACAAGCCAAGGUGAAGCCAAUGGGAAUCGAGGAAUAAAAAGUCUGACUAGGGUAGGGCGGAAACUGUUAGAUGGAUAUCAGCACAUGUUCUAUGCUUUGCAGACUACACCAAGCUAUUUGGCCAAACUCAUCUUUUGUCUUCCUUUGAGUCGUAGCACAAGAUUCUUAGAGACGGUUAUAUUAACACUGUUCAAUUUUGGAUCCAACCCACGUGAGGAAUAUCUUCUCUUGAAGCUGUUCAAGACUGCCCUUGAAGAAGAAAUCAGGUGUAAAUUUACAAAACCAUCAGAUGCAGUGACUGGAAAUCCCCUUGUCCUCAGGAUGGUGGUAAAUUAUUCACGUCAGAUGCCCAGUCAGAAUGCUCUUAGAGACAUUGUUGGACCUCUUAUAGUAAAGGUGCUGGAAGAUAAAACCAUAUCAUUUGAGACAAACCCAGUUGAUAUUUUCAAAUCUUGGAGGAACCAGUUUGAAAUGGAAACUGGCAAUUCUUCAAACUUGCCUUACUCGGUCACGGACGUAGAAGCACUGGCAUAUGAGGAAAUACAAAAUAAACUGAACAGUGGCAUUAGGAGGCUCCAACAUUCUACUCUUCUGUUCCUGCGUCGAAUCGUAGAAUCACGUCACUUGAUGCCAUACGGAAUGCUGUACAUAGCUAAAGUUCUUCGCAAUACACUCAUGGACAAGUUCUCCAAUGCACCAGAAAAGGAGAUUUUGAAGGUGGUGGGUAAUCUGAUUUAUUACAAUUACAUCAACUCGGCAAUUGUGGCUCCAGAUGCAUUUGAUAUUAUGGAUCUGCCACCUGAUAGGACACUGUCUAAUAACCAACGUCGCAAUUUAGCCAGCAUUGCGAAGAUUCUGCAGUUUGCAGCUUCCAAAAAAGGGUUUGGUGAAGAGUCUAAGCAUCUCAUGUGUUUGAAUUCCUUUAUAAUUGAAUGCCAUGAGAUCAUGAAGACUUUCUUCAGAGAAUGCUGCAAUGUAGAAGAGCUUGAGGAACAUUUUAGUAUGCAUGAAUUCACUGAAGCUACAAUGAUUUCACGUCCUGUCUUGUACAUCAGCCUGCAGGAGAUCUGUGAUACUCACGAACUGCUAUUGAAAUAUCAGCACCUCAUUGCUCCUGAUCCUUCAGACCCACUGCAUGAGCUGCUCAAGGACCUGGGUCCAGUACCUUCUAUAGGAACAUUUCUUGGAAAUGGAAGGGAUGCUGCUGUCCCAAAGACAGAAGUGUGUCUCACACUUGUCAACAAGUUUGAAGUGCCUGAGAAUGAUCAUCAGGGUAUUAACAAGCUGUUCAUCAAGGCAAAAGAGCUGCUGGUGUCGAUAUUUCCAUGCCUUCAAGGGGUCGGCACCUUACAUGAAGCAUUGUUGGUGGAGUCAGAAGCAGAGGAGCGCCUAUUCCAGCAGCUACUGCAUAAACACCAGCAGAGAAAUAUUCACAACUUAGCAGCUUCCAAAUCAUGUAAAUCUCUCCAGGACUGCAAACUGAUCCUGAGAGAUUACCUUACAAAACUAGAGCUGGCAGGCUUAGUUUCUUCUGUUGAUGGAUAUCAGAGCAUUGUUUCAGCCAUUGCAAAAGACAUCUGCAGCAAGCGAAGGCAUAGGGAACUUCAAAGAAAGGAGCUGCAAGAACUCAGACUCACAAAACAGAAUUUGGAGAAGAAAACGAAAUUUUAUGAAGAACAGAUUAAUUACUACAAUCAGUACAUACAGAAGUGUCUUGAAAACCUUAAUACUGGAAAGAGGAAUGUUCAUAUUCGUAAGUCAUCAGGGAAGCAACCAGAGAAAUUGAAGUCAAAGUUAACACUGCAUUAUACAGCAGCCAAGCUACAUGAGAAGGGUGUGCUGUUGGAAGUAGAUGGUCUUCCUAUGACUCAAUUCAGAAAUGUCCAGUUUGAAAUAACACCAUCAGAUCACAAUGGUGUAUUUAUUAUCAGUGGAAAAUUCAUGGGAGUUGAACUGGAGAAGGUUGAAAUUGAUAUACAGGUAAGUUGAAAACAAUUAUAUAAAGUUUUGAAUUUAUUAUUUCUUAAUAGUGUAGUUUUUACUUCUUCCUACUCACAACCCCCAAAACUGAGUAACACAUAUUUAAUUGUCAUU